ACCUCCUAUAUAUUGUUCUAUAAAUAUAACCUUAAAAAAACAAAUAAUUCAUAAUUUUUCACUGAACCAUUCACACAUUUAUUAUUUUACGUUAUUUCUGUAGCUUAAAAAAGAGUAAAAAGUCAUGAAUUCGCUUCUAAAUAUCCCCCAAGGCAUUUUCCAGAACUCCAAAACCGUCUUAGCUAAUAUUGUAAGGAAUGCAAGUAAAAAAACGGGAGGCUCCACGCGAAACACGAGCCCCAAAUGCAAACCAAAACAUAGAGGUUGGAAAGUGCAGGACGGAGAAAUGGUUUCGGUUCACACAAUAUUGGCCACCCAAAGGGUACUCAGGUUUCAUCCUGGUCGAAAUGUAGGCCUAGGACGUGACGGCACUCUCUUUGCCAUAAUACCGGGAAAAGUGAUGAUAACAUGCGAAAAAACCGACCCAAACUGGGACCACACCUGGGUCCAAAGAUGCCACGGACACAGAAAAGGUACGGAGUUCUAUAAAAAAUAUUUUAACGUUAUACCGCAGAAACAACAUCAGAACUUUAAUUUGAUUGAUCAAAUUUAAUUGUAAAUAUCUAUAGUCUGUUAGGUAGUAAAAUAAAGAGUCAUUUUAACAUU